UGCCUCAGUUUGACUGGAGAGUCAGUUCAUGUUGCUUUUGUUCAUCCCCUGAGCGGACGCUAGUUUGGUGAAGUAUGCGUAUGUGAAUGUGUGUCGAUAACAUCACGUCUCAUUUCUUCAAGUUUUUGUAGACAUUGUCGCAAAAAGAUUUUCCAAAAGGAUUUGUUUCCAGUGGUUUCAUGUGAACUACACGAUAGACCUUCACGAUAUUAAUUCAGGAGAUUGUUUCAUCCUUUAUUGUGUAACACGUGUUUGGUACCCUCCGUGACUUUCUAUUUCGGUGGUUAAGGUAUACGGUAGAAAGACCUUUUGUGUGGUGUUCCUCGCUGCUUAUCCACAACUGACGUCAUAGAACCUUCUGCUGCUCACCCACAACUGACAUCACAUAACCUCGUGGUUUCAUCAAAGCCCCUUUGUUCAAGAACUCCGGGAGAGAUCACGAGAGUAUCCAGCACUGACAGCGACUACUGAAACGAAUCGUACAAGCACAGCCCAGAAGUUUCACCAUGUCACAAAACAUGACGACCUCACCGCUGAAGCAAAAUCACUUCAGAGUUCAACUGACGCCACCCGUACCAUGGAUCAAUCCUGCUGGCUGGUCAGCUCACUCCGUCCCCGUCCCUUCAUUCAGCGACAUUGGUCACCAGCUGGCAGAAAACAUGGCUCCAGAACCAGCAGACUGCCAGCCGUCAUGUAAAAGACGGAGAAUGGAAACUGAACCGUCACCCAAUGGUGCGGAGUCCAGUGUCAGCGGUUUCGGAUUACGCCCCUUCUCAAGUAGUCAGACGAGGAAUGUUGGUGACGUCAGUGGUGGUUAUGAUCACGUGUCCCAGAUGCCGAUGGAAACUCAGUUGUGGUUUCGCCUUCGUGAACAGGCGCUGAGAGAAAAGAGAGACAACUUGCUGCAUUAUGGGACGGUGGAUAUCGGAACUGUGGACUGGGUGAAGGUCCAAGCUGUGUCUGCUCCAGUGUUUUCUCUGGUCAGCGCCUUCGUGGCCAACUUUCAGGAGGAAUUUUACACCAACAGAUUUUCCCUGGAAGAGCGACUUGUUCUCAAAUACUUGUGCACCGAGUGCAAGAUUGAGACAACUGACCAGCUCUGUAACAACGACAGUGUGGUCACACUCAGGAAGACAAGUGAGACUCUUUUUCCCACUGACCAAGCUUUCCAACGCGUUCUGAUGACCCUCCAACAACCACAAACAAUGGUCGGGCAUUGACAAAGCUUCUGACAACUGAACGAUGACCGGAACCUGGGAACUUGACUUUCAGCUCGAGAGAGCAGACAGACAGACUAUAAAUAGUUUAUUGUCCCACCCACAAGGGCGCAAUUGCUACAUCAUAAGGGUGCACUUGAGCACUGGUACACUGCAGGGCCUGCCUUUGAAAUAACUUAUUUGUAUCUCCAAAACUGUUCGAUUUUUGCUCAUCAAAACUAUUCACUGCUGAUAGUACACAAUAUUUUCAGUUCAAAUCUACAUCUUGGAUCUAACAUCUCAUGGAAAAAACAGUUAAUGUACUUUCGUAAAUUAUAGUAGUUAAUCAUUAUGCAAUCUAUAACAUGUAACAUGUAACGCAGCCUUGUUUCAACAACAGGCAUACACUACCACCACUUUCUAAACUACGACUUAUUUAUAUUAUGCAUUACUGAACGUUCGUGCAGGAAGAUUUUUGUAGAUAACAUACAUGUAUUAGUAAGUCAAAUUUAUAAAAUACAUCUUGGUUCUAAGUUGAUGAUAAAGAGUAUAUUUGUGACUACCUAUACUUGUAUUCGUAAUUGUGUCCUUCUGAAAAUCCAUCUACAGACCUGUACCACUGUUUUGUCCACACUUUUAUUUUCUAUUAAAUCAGUAGUUAAUAAAUAGGCACCCGGCGGAAAAAAAAUGAUUUUAAUAGUGUAAGAAAGUUGUAUGAUG